CUCCUUGCGGUCAAAAUUUUUGGUACUAGCUCACUGUCACGGAGGUCGAGCUCAUCAUGUCGAAUACUCUCACUCGAGAACAGGUCUCUUCAGCUCAAAUACUAGGCGACUAUGCCAUAAAACCAGAAGCCAAAACUCCCCAGCUCGAUACCUCCCAAUGGCCUCUUCUUCUUAAGAAUUACGACAAGUUGUUGGUCAGAUCCAGUCAUUUCACUCCCAUUCCGUCCGGUUGCAGUCCCCUGAAACGCGAUAUAACGACCUAUAUCAAGUCAGGCGUUAUUAACCUCGACAAACCCUCAAAUCCAUCGUCUCACGAGGUCGUUGCCUGGCUGAGAAGGAUAUUGAGGGUCGAAAAGACUGGUCACAGUGGUACGCUGGACCCUAAGGUUACCGGUUGUUUAAUAGUAUGCAUUGACCGUGCAACGAGAUUGGUGAAAUCACAACAAGGAGCUGGGAAAGAGUAUGUUGCUGUCCUCAGGUUACAUUCGGCAUUGCCAAAUCCCGCAGCCCUUCCGAGAGCACUUCAAACUCUCACUGGUGCUCUUUUCCAGAGACCUCCUCUCAUCUCCGCGGUGAAGCGUCAACUUCGAAUCCGGACGGUUCACGAGUCGAAACUUUUGGAAUUCGACGAAAAACGUAACUUGGCCGUGUUUCAUGUUUCCUGCGAAGCUGGGACAUAUAUUCGGACUCUUUGCGUGCACCUUGGUCUCUUGUUGGGUGUCGGUGGACACAUGCAAGAGCUCAGGCGUGUCCGAAGUGGGGCGCUCUCCGAAAGCGAUGACAUGGUCACUAUGCACGACGUUAUGGAUGCUCAGUGGAUGUACGAUAACACGAGAGAUGAGUCCUAUUUACGACGCGCCAUUCGUCCUCUUGAAUGUCUCCUCGUCGGAUAUAAGCGUAUUGUGGUUAAGGACAGCGCUGUGAAUGCCGUGUGCUACGGUGCAAAGCUCAUGAUACCUGGUCUGUUACGGUAUGAGGCGGAUAUAUCAUUGAAUGAAGAGGUCGUGUUGAUGACCACAAAAGGUGAGGCGAUUGCACUCGCCAUAGCGCAAAUGUCCACGGUGGAGCUCGCAACAUGCGACCACGGCAUCGUUGCCAAAGUCAAGAGGUGUAUCAUGGAACGGGAUACGUACCCUCGACGAUGGGGUCUGGGACCUGUUGCUCUCCAGAAAAAGAAAAUGGUCAAGGAGGGCAAACUGGGCAAACAUGGAGAGAAAUUGGAGGGUGUGACCCCCGCGGAAUGGAGCCGUGAUUAUGUAGAUUUUAACCGAGAGGCAUGUCCCAGCUUGAUAUUGACACCUGCACUAAUUGUGCCUUUAGCAACCCGUCGCAGGUCCUUCGUCUGCUGCUGUCCCUGUUUCAGCGGAGCCCAAGGCCGAAAGAGCACCCAGCCUUGUGAAGGAAGACAAAGAGAAGAAGCGCAAGCGCAAGUCGGAAGCAGCCGAAACAGACCUCGACGUUUCGAUGGCGGACGGGGAUGCAGAUAAAGCUGAACGUAAGCGCCGCAAAAAGGAGGAAAAACUUGCGAAAAGACUUGCCAAGCAUGCCGAGGGUGGUGAAGAGGAAGAUGAAGAAGCACGCAGAGAGAGAAGGAGACUUAGAAAAGAGAAGAAAGCGCAAGAGGCGACUGGUGAUUGAUCCCAGUAAUACUUCUCACCGACAAAAAUCAAAUUCUUUUCCAAGUUGUAUAAAGACUCCUUGUAA